AUGGCAAGACUGACUGGUUUCAUCCUCUUCUCGGCAAUCCCCGCCGUCAUUCUCCUCCACCUCCUCGUUUCCCCAUACACUAAGGUCGAGGAAUCUUUCCACAUCCAGGCAAUUCAUGACAUCCUGACCUACGGGAUUCCUUUCCCCAGCCUCAGCAAGGAUGCUAUCUUUGCAAGAUUUCGUGACCAAUAUGAUCAUUUCUCGUUUCCGGGAGCUGUGCCCCGGACGUUCAUUGGGGCACUUGCCCUGUCGGGUGCCUCGAAGCCAUUUAUAUGGUUAGAUAGGAACGUGAAUAGGCAAUUGCUUGCUCGAGCUAUGUUGGGUCUCUUCAAUGCAUUCGCCCUUCUCUCCUACGCGUCCGGACUCCAACGGGCCUUCGGCAAGGCUACGGCCUAUUGGUACUUGCUGUUUCAGGCAAGCCAGUUUCACGUUAUGUACUAUGCAUCGAGAACUCUGUCAAAUAUGUUCGCGUUUGGUAUCACCACGUUAGCAUUGCGCCUACUUCUCCCUGAUCCAACUGGCCCAAGCAGAUACCACCAGAAAUGCCGUCUGUCCCUCUCUCUAUUGACAGUCGCUGGAAUCAUCUUCCGCUCUGAACUCGCUCUGUUGCUUGCAACACACACGAUAUUCCUCUUUGUAACAGGCCGCAUUAGGCUGCUGCAAGAUAUCAUCCCUGCGGGAGUGGUAGGCCUCCUUACCGGUCUGACCGCAACGGUGGUAGUAGAUUCCUACUUCUGGCAGCAAUUUCCUCUGUGGCCGGAGCUAGCUGCGUUCAAGUUCAACGUCAUAUCAGGCCAGGCCUCCGCCUGGGGCACCCAUCCGUGGUAUUUUUAUUUUGCAAACUCCAUUCCAAGACUCCUCUUAAACCCACUAACUUACCUGGUCGGGAUCCCGUCGUCUCUUUUCCUCCCUUCGACUCGUCGGGCUUCCAUAUCUCUGGUUGUCCCGUCCUUGGCCUAUGUCGCUCUCUACAGCUUCCUACCUCACAAGGAAUGGCGCUUCAUUAUAUACAUUAUCCCGCCUCUUACCGCGGCAGCUGCACUGGGUACCUCCUAUAUCUGGACUCAUCGGACGAGAUCUACCCUCUACCGUGUUCUCUCCAUCCUCAUUCCCCUUUCCACACUUGUCACCCUGCUAGUUUCAACCUUCAUUCUCCUGCCAGCCUCUGCCGCCAACUAUCCCGGCGCACACGCUCUUAAAAAGUUGCACGUCUACGCCCAUGGCUCGCAACCAGUUGUCUCCGUCCACAUGGGGAACCUGGCUUGUCAGACUGGCGUGACACGGUUCCAGCAGCUGCCGCCGCCGCCAUUAUUGCACAUGCCCGGUCGUCCGGACUGGAAGAUUCCGUUCCUAAAGAGCGGCGCCUCGACAGUGUGGAGAUAUGACAAGACCGAGGAUGAACAUCUCAAAUCUACGCCAGAAUUCUGGGACCGCUUCGAUUACGUUCUCGCGGAAGACGAGCGAGAAGUCACCUCAAAAGUCAGUGAUCCUAGACGGUGGGAGAUUAUCGACGAAGUAGAGGGCUUCGCUGGACUGCGAGUUCUCUCACCGGGCGAAAAUGGAAAGGGGAAGCUUGAAAAGGAAGCCUUGCAAACUCUGCUGGGCGAGAACGGCGUCGCAUUGUUCGACCUGGCCCGGGAUACAAUAAGGCGCUACAUAACGAGGGGGUGGUGGAUCGAAGUCAGGAUGGAGCCCAAGAUCAAGAUCCUGAAGCACGUACGAUAG